GAAGGUUCGCGCUGCCCGUCAGGUCACUUCCAGACUACGCGUGCGCAGCACUACAAGUGAUUACAGCGAUCAGGACUGCAGGUUGAUCAGCGUGGAUGCAAGAAAGUGAUUUGUACCUGAGUACGUUGGGAAACGUCAGUCGACUUUCUGGAGAAUACACGGCGUUAAUCCCAGAAGACAGUUCUUAACAGCACAGAAGUUCGCACAGCUUCGUGCCCAUAAUCAGACAGAAUGAAGACAGCGCUGCUGCUGCUGGUGACGUUGCGAGCUGCCCUCAUGGCGCCCCGGAAGCUGCCCCACGUGCCCGAUGUGGUGUUUCCUCCGGUGCCGGACGACGCUCGACUGAGUUCGGAGCACCUGAGACUCCUCCUAGAGACUAACCAAGACCCUGAGGUGCAGCCCGGACUGUUCCAGGGGGACAUGGCGCUCACCAACGAGAUGUACGACUUCUGGCGAGUGGGACUCCGAUGGGACGUCAUGCCGGAACGGAUGUGGCAGAACAGCACUGUGCAUUACGUCAUCAGUCCCCUCUACGAUACAUCCGAAUACGUCACGAUCUACAACGCCAUACUGACACUCAACUUCCUGACGUGCAUCAAGUUCGUGCCGUGGGACGGCAAAGCCGACGACUUCCUACUCAUCUGGCCGGUCAAGUACCCUCACGGGUGCUGGUCGUACGUGGGGAGGUUCGGAGGUCCUCAGAUCGUGUCCCUGCAGCCACCGGAUGAACAAGGCCCUAACUGUCUCGGGGACGAGGGUCGCUCCAUCCAUGAGCUGCUGCACGCACUGGGCAUUUUCCACGAGCAGUCCAGGGCCGACAGGGACAAUUUCGUGGACAUCCACCCUGAGAACAUCAUACCAGAGUUUCAAGUGAACUUCAAUAAGGAGAGCCUGGAGAACACCACGUACAGUUUCGAGUACGACUAUGGCAGCAUCAUGCACUACGGCCAGUACUACUUCAGAGAAGCAAAUGGGAAAAUGCUUGCGGUGAUAAUCAGUGUGAUGUUGGCAAGCGUGGGCAGUGCGCGCUAUGUUCCGUAUGUUCCAGAGGUACUGCACCCCCCAGUUCCCCAAGAGGCUCGACUGAAUGCAGAUGACGUCAGACGCCUUGACGAGAUGGGCCAAGACCCCGAGGUAACGCCCGGCCUGUUUCAGGGAGACUUGGCCCUCACUGAUGAGAUGUACGACUAUUGGAGAAUCGGCAUCCGGUGGGAUGUGAUGCCUCAGCGAAUGUGGCCCAAUGGGACAGUGCCCUACGUCAUCAGCCCACUAUACGACACGCCUGACUACGUCACGAUUUACAAGGCCAUCAUAACUCUGAAUUCGAUGACGUGUAUCCGGUUCGUGCCCUGGAACGGGAAGGACAAGGAUUAUCUUCUCAUCUGGCCUGUCAAGCAGCCGAAAGGCUGCUGGUCAUAUGUGGGGAGGUUUGGAGGUCCUCAGAUCGUGUCGCUGCAGCCACCGGACAAGAAUGGUCCAAACUGCCUUGGAGGUGAGGGUCGCUCCAUCCACGAACUCCUGCACGCACUGGGCAUCUUCCACGAGCAGUCAAGGGCCGACAGGGACAUGUAUGUUGAUGUGAAGUUUGAGAACAUCAUACCAGAGUACCGAAAUAACUUCAACAAGCAGAGCUUGGAAAACACAACUUACAAUUUUGAGUAUGAUUACGACAGCAUCAUGCAUUAUGGGCAGUAUUUCUUUAGCAAAACAAGAGGACAACCCACAAUCAUUCCCAAGAAGGAGAAUGUCAAACUGGGACAAAGGAAAGCCAUCAGUAAAACAGACUGCUUGAAGAUUAAUGACCUUUAUGGAUGUCUGAGUAAAUCUGUUUAUCAUAACAGGAAAUAUUAUACACUCUGUGACAUCCUGGGCUACUAGUGUACAUUGCAGUCAUUAAUAAAUUUGGUUUUUUAUGUAAUACUAUGUUUAACAUAAUAUUUCGUAUCAUUAUCUUAUAAAUAAAGGUAUUUUUGACCCAGUAUGAAAACAAAAUUUACGUUAUUCAUAUGGAAAUAUAUAGAUUUCUGUCUAGAAAUCAAGAAUAAAUGUCAGAAAUGAAAAUACAACCUUUUAAAAAUGAACAGAAUUUUUAAAACCUGAGUUAUAACAAGUCAUGCCUGUACGAAAGGUUGUCCUCCUAAAAUUUGUUAUGCACCCAUCAUCUCUCAUAUCCUGCAUGUCCCACAAUUUGCAAAGCCCCUUACUAUGAAGCUGUCUCCACUCUCCUGUUACUUCCAUCUUCUCUUCAGCACCCUAUUCUCAAACACCCUCAGUCUAUGUUCCACCCCUAGGAUGAGAGACUGGGUUUCACACCCAUACAAAGCAAUAACUACAGUUAUAGUUUGUUUUUAUGCCUUUCAUUAUUUUGAAAGCAUUGUUUGAAACACAGACACAAGCAUGAAUAAAGA